GGCCGCCUGCUCCUUGGCAGCUGUCUCUUUGCACCAGUAGGCAGGGGGAAACUGCCGCUGACGAGUCUUUUGCAUCUUGCAAGGGACUGUAAUCUACUGUAGUGAAGAACAGAACCUCUCAAUCACGCGGUGUAAAUAAGAGACGGAGGGGAGUCCAAGAGAAAAGGAAGAGGAGGGGAAAAGUGCGUGUCGGGGGAGCGGGGAAAAGCAUUUUUGGUGGAUGGUAUGAAGCCAGCCAUGGAAACUGCAGCCGAGGAAAAUACUGAACAAAGCCAAGAGAGAAAAGUGAGCAGCAGAGCUGGAAUGGAAAUUGGCAGGUACCACUGGAUGUACCCAGGCUCAAAGAACCACCAGUACCAUCCCGUGCCAGCCCUGGGGGACAGGGCUAGCCCCUUGAGCAGUCCAGGCUGCUUUGAAUGCUGCAUCAAGUGUCUGGGAGGAGUCCCCUAUGCCUCUCUGGUGGCCACCAUCCUCUGCUUCUCUGGGGUCGCCUUGUUCUGCGGCUGUGGGCACGUGGCCCUCGCAGGCACCGUGGCGAUUCUCGAGCAACACUUCUCCACCAACACCAGUGACCAUGCCCUGCUGAGUGAGGUAAUACAGCUGAUGCAGUAUGUCAUCUACGGGAUCGCGUCCUUCUUCUUCUUGUACGGGAUCAUUCUGCUGGCCGAGGGCUUCUACACCACCAGCGCCGUGAAGGAGCUGCAUGGCGAGUUUAAAACAACCGCCUGCGGCCGAUGCAUCAGUGGGAUGUUCGUUUUCCUCACCUACGUGUUGGGAGUGGCCUGGCUCGGCGUGUUUGGCUUCUCUGCGGUGCCGGUGUUUAUGUUCUAUAACAUAUGGUCAACCUGUGAAGUCAUCAAGUCCCCCCAGACCAACGGCACCGCGGGUGUGGAGCAGAUCUGCGUGGAUAUCCGGCAAUACGGGAUCAUCCCUUGGAACGCUUUCCCAGGAAGAAUCUGUGGCUCUGCCCUGGAGAACAUCUGCAACACCAACGAGUUCUACGUGUCCUAUCACCUGUUCAUCGUCGCCUGCGCGGGAGCCGGGGCCACCGUCAUCGCCCUGAUCCACUUCCUCAUGAUACUGUCUUCUAACUGGGCUUACUUAAAGGACGCCAGCAAAAUGCAGGCUUACCAGGAUAUCAAAGCAAAGGAAGAGCAAGAGCUGCAGGAUAUCCAGGCCCGGUCAAAAGAACAACUCAAUUCUUACACAUAAACGUUUGCCAGAGUGUUACCGCCGCCACAGUGACAGCUCUGCCAAAUCUGCAGACAGCGGCUCUGCCGUCCCGAGGUGUCCCCCCUCCCCCCCUCCCCCCACAUAGAGGUACAAACCCUUCACUGUCUGUCUCAACCUGCUGGCAGGGAGUUCUAGGAGCACCUUCCAGGAGGGCAAACUUUUUCUUUACAGCAGAUACCAGAGGCUUCACGUGAGCCAUUUUAAAGGGCAACACUUUGACAAAAUGAUUGUUCAGCUCUCUGAGGUUUGGGGCCUGUUCACAUUCAGCAGUAGAGCGAGCCUCCCGUGAGAGGCCAGGGGCAUGCGGCAUACUGCUUGAGCGGGACCGCCGGCAUGAAGCGAGGUGACUGUCCAUUCACGUACGCCCUCUGCCCGCCGAGUGCCCUGUGGAGGGAAUCGAGUGCAGUGGCUGUCAUGCUCCAGUGCUGACAUCUAUUAAACUUUGGCUCAAAGAUCAUGUGAGUCUUAAUAAUUUUUUUUUUUUUUUUUUUUUAAUUUGCUGACUUCCCUACCCUUUAGGCCCAGGACACUUUCAUCUCCUGAUCCAAUCAGAAAUCGAUUUUUCACUAAUGCCAAUACUAUAAUUCGGCUACACCUGCCAUUGAAGAAGCUGGAUUGUGGCGCAUUGACAAGCUUUCCAAAGUCAAUUUGAUAAUAGCUUCCCUUUAAUCCAGCGGCCCACUUGUUCCUGGGAAAUCAAUGUCAGCUCUGCCUUAAUGAGUAUCUUUUAAAUUUCUAAGAGCUUAUUUUACAACAGGACACCCCAAAUCCCUCAUCGACCUUGGUUCCACCAAUGUUUUCUUAAUUAAGAAGUGUUACCUUAUUAAAAUGACCACCAGUCUAAACCAUUUUUACGUGGUCUGAAUAGCAAGUUUACAGCUUCACACCAACUAUAAAUAAGACCGAAUUACAAAGAGACCACAGACCUCCUACUUUUCUAGACUUGAAUACUUCAGUAGUUUGAAUUAGGGUUGGUAUUUAGUUCCUUUUUAAAUCUAAAUCUUUCCUGGAAUAAUAAAAAAAAGUUCGAUGUUCAGCAAAAAAAAAAAAAAAAAAAAAAAAAAAAA